CGUCGCAUUUCAGCCACACGAGAACCCUAGGAUAGCCAUGGCCAAGAAGAAGUCCUCCCACGCCGCCGCCGCCGCCGCCAACGGCAACGGCAACGGCCACGGCCUCGACCACGCCGCGCCGGCCCCGGGGAUGGCGGAGGCGUACGCGACGGAGGAGAAGCGGGACUCGUCGCCGGAGCGGGACCGGAAGGCGGAGCAGCUCAAGACGCUCAACACCAUGCUCCUCAGGGAGGCGGUGGAGCGGCGCGGCCAGGUGGCGGCGCUCACGGCGCGCCUCGACGAGCUCUCUGCCGACGGGGACGCGCUCGCCGCCUCCGAGCGCGCCGUCGCGAGGGCCGCGCUCGCCGCGCCACUCCGCGCCGCCGCCGACGAGGCCGCCGCGCUCCGGGCGCGCCUCGACGCCGUCCAGGACUCCCUCAGGCUCGCCGAAUCCAAAGCCGCUCUUGAAGCGAGCGCCAAGGACGAGGCCAACGCGCGCCUUGAGGCGGCCGCGGGGGAGAAGGUCCGGUUCCUGGAACUUCUCCGGGUGAAGGAGGCCGAGGUAGCGUCCAUAUCCAACAAGGUCUCGAGCCUGGCGGCCAUGAUGGCAGAGUUGGAGGGGAACAAUUCCGAGCUGUUCAGUCAGAACGACGAACUCGUGAAGCAAUUGGAGGAGACCAAGGAGGCAGUUCGGGCGGUCUCGAGCCAGAAAGCAGAGGUGGAGAGAAGCUUCCAGGAAUUCAAGAAAGAGGCAGAGGCGUACCGGGUGGAAAUGGAGGGAGUGGUGAAAGCAAAGGUGGAGGAGUUGAAGCUGCUGGGAUUCAAGAAGGCGGAGAUGGAUGCGAGGGUGACCUCUUUGGAAACAGAGCUCGCAGUGGCUGUGACCAAGACAGGGGGUUUAGAGGCUGAGAUGAUGGCGAAGAAGAGGGAGUUUGAUUUGCUGAAGGGCGAAAGCGAUAAGCUCCGAUCAGAGGUCACCGCAGCAGAGAAGAAACACAGCUUGUCUGCAGCGGAGGUUGAGAGGCUGAGGAUUGAAUUGGAUGCAUUAGUGAAGGCAAAGGAGGCUGCUAUCAAGUCAUUUGAUGCUGAGAAGGCUGAGGUCCUGAAGGAAUUGGAGAACCUCAAGAGGAAAGUGGGGGAAAUCCAGGCUGACAAGGAAGCAGCUGAGGGAGCAACACGUGAGAAGGAUGCUCAGGCCAUUAAGCUGAGGGCUGAGCUGGAGGAGCUCCACGUUUCCAUGUCACAGCUCCAAACAUCCUAUGAUGAAGUUGAUGCCAAGCGUUUGUGUCUGCAUAGUGAGAAGAAUUCAGUUCAGAAAGCACUGGAUGCUGAGAAGGCUGAAGCAGGGCAGCUGAGGUCAAAAAUUGAGGCACUGGAGAACUGCAAUGGUAAAAUGGACAGUGAGAUUGGGGAGCUGAGGGUGGCACUCAAGGAAAAGAAUGGGAAGAUCAAAGACCUCACCAAUGAGGCUGAGCAGCUGCAGCUCGCAGUGGCUGAAGCGCAAAAGAGGAAGAAGGGUGGAAUCUGGGCGUGGGUGUAUGCCGCCACCACAACCAUGGUGGCUGCCAUUUCCUUGAUCUAUGCCACAAGGGCCCAGUGAAAGAGUUCACUUUCUUAUUACUAUGUUCCAUCCUCUUUUUACAUCCAUAUCAGUAUGCAACUCGUAAUGCUGAGGUUGCUAUCUAGCUGUAUGGCUACAUGAUGAAUCAACUGCCACGAUGCAAUGAAGUGAAAAUUUUGCGUAUAUUCACGUGGUUUAUCUGUGUAGUGGUGUGUCUCAGGAAUUAUUUCAUGUUUUGUGGUCAGGGUCUAUGAGCAUUUCUAUCUA